AACUAGCUAACUGCUAGCUGGCUAUCCACUACUCGACCAAAACGGACUGUUAACCGUUUAAUGCCUUUUGAUCAAUCAUAGUACACAUGUCGUCUGCGGCAGAGACAGUGGAAAAUGCCUCCAUCAUGUCAGAGAGUGUGGCCCAUGAUGGAAACCGCUUGUGGAUAGGCAACAUUGAUCCCAAAAUCACAGAAUAUCACCUGGUGAAGUUGUUGGAGAAGUUCGGCAAUGUGAAACAGUUUGACUUCCUGUUUCAUAAGUCUGGGCCUUUGGAGGGACAGCCACGGGGCUACUGCUUUGUCAACUUUAACACCAGAGAGGAGGCAGAGAGGGCAAUCCAGUGUUUGAAUGGGAAGCUAGCUUUGUCCAAGAAGCUGGUUGUGCGCUGGGCGCACGCACAGGUGAGGAGGUUUGAAGGUUUCCGUAAUGACAAGACGAUGCCUCCGAGCCUAGAACCGUCAUGCAGCGGCGCGGCAGACGAUGGACCGGUAACUGCCAACCACCUCAGUACGAGUGCUAAGAUCCGCGCCAUUGAGGCCAAGCUCCAGAUGAUGGAGGAGAAUCCAGAUGAUGACUACUCGGGCCCGUCAGCCUACGUUCACAAUAAACCGCCAGAGAGGAAACGCUGGGAGCCCUACUCUAAAUCACACCACAAUAACCAGAGCAGGCCCUUCCGCAAGUUUAGGAGAUGACCCAUCCUCCCACUCAUUCUGGAGGACAACCCCCCCCCCCCCACUCCAGCCCCCACCUACACACAAACAGACUCUACACUAGAUACUAUAAAGACUAUACACAUCCUAUCUGGGAAUAAAAGGAUUUGACAAUACUUUGAGAACCCGGACUCUUUGGGAGUAUUCACAGCAAUCAUGGACAAUUACCUAAAGUGAUUUUAGUUAUUUGGGGUUUACAGUAUCAGAUAUUAUUUAGUCUUAACAUAUGCCCCAUACCUGACUGCUGUGCAGGUUGGAUCCCUUAUCUUAUUUGUCUGCUUUCUCACUUUUGCAGAGAUUUAAUGCAGGAGAAUCAUACAGCUGUGAGUGACAUGAUGCGCCGCCGCCAGGAAAGAGAAAUAUUAUUAAAGAGUCUAAAUGCCGAUCCUCUUAUUUUUCACGUUUUUACUUUCAGAUCAUAUUAUUUAAAGGUGAAAUACAGUCACAUUGUCUUUAUUCAAGAUGUCAGUGAAGAGGAAGAAAUACAUGGAUUUGUAACAGGUUUGUAUUCAUGGAGUUCAAAUUAUUAGCCACUCAGCGACACUUACUGUAAGUUGCAGUAUUUUUGUGUGACAUUUGCUUGGAUCCAAUUUUUAUAUGACUGCAGUCAAUCUAUUUUUACUGAUCUUUUUGUGUUGUGUAGAGUUUUGGUAUUUCCCUUACCUCCUCUCUUUGUUUCAAUUUUUCAAUUAAAAGCUAUUAGAUAUCACAUCUGCAGUGUGUUUUAUGCCAUUUUGUAGAUUUUCUACAUUGCUCUUGAAAUACAGGAUUCAGUUGUAUGUUUUGUCAGUCAGCAACAUUUGCUCUCAGUUACCAUGAUUUUGCUGAUAUAAUCCAAUUGAAUUCACUAGGGGUUAAAAAUACAGUCCUGAAUUAUCACAGAUUUUUUAAAGCAGAUUACCACAGUUACAUUAUUGUCAGUACUGACAAAUAUCCCAAUGUUUUCUGUAAUAACUAAUAAUCCUGUUUAUUAAAGCAUCCACCCUGUUUUGAGUCGCAGCCCCUCCCCCCCCUCCCGAGGCAUGGUGGAUAUUAACUUUUUUUUAAUUCAUUUUUGUGCAGUCUACCAAAAUUUGCUGUAAAUCGAUAUAAUAUUUUGUUGGCCUUUUGCAUAUGGGGUUAAUGUGGAAACAUUCUAUUUUAAAAUGCAAUUUGUGUUGAUUUCUGUGUGUUCAUGGAGCACUAUACUUUUGAUGUGAUCCGAGUUUCUCUGCAGGUGUGACAUGCAGUGUGAGACUAUAAAACCUCAAGGCAAAAAAAAAAAAAA